AUACAAAAGUUAAAGUGUUAAACAUAUCAUUCUUUUCCCUUCUUCAGAUCUCCGAUUUCAUUAUUUUUUUUCCGACGCGACCAUACCGCCCCUUGAUGCCUCGUCUUGAUACCAAAAUAAUUCACUGUGAAAAGUGAAUUUCUUUUCAAACAAAGAUUUGUUGACCAUAUAAAGUUCGUUGUCGCUUCUAUCUUCUGGAAGAGAGUUAGUUGUGAAUGAUGUGUAGACUAUUAAUCUACGAAUUUUUUUAGUCAAAAAGCUUUUAGAAUUAUCAUCAAUGCCGGUCAUUCUCUAAUAUUUAAAAAUUUUAAAUCACGCAUGACGAACUCAAUAAGCAUCUUCCAGAGGCUGUUCUCUGCAAAUUAUAAAUAUUAUAAACACAACACACUUUUUUGAUGACUUUGAGUUGUACAAGGAUAAUAGUUGUUGCAAACUAAACUAGAGACAUUGUUUGGUCGUGUGUGAUCUAAUUGUGAUGGCACAGAAAGGAACAGUUUGUGUAACAGGGGCUGGAGGUUACAUUGGUUCAUGGGUUGUUAAGGUUCUUCUCUCUAACAAUUAUGUUGUUCAUGGCACUGUCAGAGAUCCAGGUUCUACUAAGUAUAGUCAUUUAACUAAGCUUGAAAAGGCAUCUGAGAACCUAAAACUCUUCAAGGCUGAUCUACUGGAUUUUGAUUCUCUUCUUACUGCUAUCAGAGGGUGUGAUGGAGUUUUCCAUGUAGCAAGUCCAGUUCCUGCCACGGCUGUACAAAAUCCUGAGGUAGAAUUGCUCGAGCCAGCUGUUAAAGGUACACUUAAUGUUCUUAAGGCAUGUUCUGAGGUUAAAGUCAAGCGAGUAGUGCUUGUAUCAUCUGUGGCUGCUAUAGCCAUGAACCCCAGCUGGCCCAAGGGAAAACUAAUGGAUGAAACUUCUUGGUCGGACAAGGAAUUCUGCAGAAAAAUAAAGAGCUAUUAUUCACUCUCCAAAACAGAAGCAGAGAGUGAAGCUUGGGAAUUUGCCAGACAGAGUGGAAUUGACCUUGUAACUGUUUGUCCUAGCCUUGUCUGGGGGCCAUUACUUCAGAGCACAACAAAUUCCAGUAGCUUAAGCCUUAUUAAUAUUAUGAAAGAAGGUUUAAAGGAAAUGGCAAACAAUAUGGGGUGGUAUGUAGAUGUACGUGAUGUUGCUGAUGCAUUAUUGUUGGCAUAUGAAAAGCCUGAAGCUGAAGGAAGAUACAUAUGCUCAGCUCACGCGUUCUAUAAACAGGAUUUAGUGGAGUUCGUGAGAAAACUUUAUCCAAACUACAAUUAUCCAAAGAGUUUCACUGCUGGAGAUGGAGUCGAUUUUAAGCCCAACUCAGAGAAACUAGAAAAACUGGGACUGAGUUACAGACCGCUAGAAGAAACUAUCAAGGAUUCUGUUGAGAGCUACAGGCAGUCUGGUUGCCUAGAUUAAUUAGAAAGCUUAAGCAUUGCAUUUGCUCUUGAAGUUUCAUCUCUACUAAUAGAAACUUGCGUGUUUUAGGGGAUGAAGUUGUACUUUGAAAGUUUAAAUUGCUUCUCUUCCGUCUUCAAUAAAUUUUUCAAUAAAUCGAGUGAUUACACAUCUGAUUUAUUUUCAAAGUAUUGAAUGAAAUAAAAGGUUCUUUUCA